AUGGAUGUAGAUGAUGAAUACGAAUCCGAACCUUUAGCAAGCUCUUUUUCCGCUUUUGAAGGCGAUUUUGAGCAAACCAUCGUCCUUCUGUGGAUGGAUGUGGACGAAGUUCAAAUCGAAAUUCAACAAUCGCUUGAAGAGGUAAUAUAAAAGACAAUACUUUUUGAUAUAUUUUAUCAUCAUCAUAGACAUAGCAUUAUUUACUAUAGUGUUAAUAUUUUAAUUUGUCUCUAGGUUGAAGGAAAGAAGCAAUUUCCUUGCAACUUCUAUGAAAAAGUGUGCAAGUCCAAAGGUGGCCUGACAAAUCACCAACGAAGCAAACAUGUGGCAGAAUUGGGCGAGAGAUCAUCUUCGUCUGAAGAUUUAAUCAUAUCAACAGAAAAAAUCGCUGGUUUAAUUCGUGACAUCAGUCGACACUUGAUUGAUGAAAAACUUUAUAAAGAGGAACACACAUCAGAGGUUUUUAAACUCCAACCAAGUGAUUCAUGUGUCAGUUUCAUCAAUCAACUGUUAUUAAAAUUUAACAGAAAAAAAAAUCAGGACAAAUUUCUCAAAGAGUUUUAUGGCAAAACAAAUUCAAACUGGAAAGAAUAUUUUCAUCCGUGUGGAGAAAAGAAGAUUGUUUUUCUUAUGCUGAUCCAUCUCCCUGAACGCCUGAUUGGAUUUCUGAAGCUAAAGCAAGAUGACCAAGGGCAAGGAAUAUCUGAGGUACAGUUGAUUGUUGUCAAAAUUCAGAAGUUGGACCAACUUGUUUAGAAGUCCAGUCCAGUAAGCAAGGUCUUGCCAACAUCUCAUUUGGCAGGAUCUAUACUUACACGGUUGGAAAUUGUUUGAUAUAAGCCCACACUUUAUACCUCCUGUACUCAAGGCUGUCUAACAAGGACAGCAUAGUUGGAUAGCAUACUGUCUCUCGAUCACCACUGAGUUAAGGGCCAUUGACAAAUAGAUUUUGUCCACCAAUCGCAGACUUGUGACGCUAUUGCUUCAAUUCCCACCUCGAGGACCAAUCCAAUGUUUUCUUUAGCCAGGAAAGUGUCCUGACUAUUUCGUCCUUCUCCCAUCGCAUAACAAGUCCACGAUCGUUGGACAAAAUCUAUUUGUUGACGGCCCCUAAACAUGUUACUGCAUGUCUAAUUAAGAUGCUUUUGUGACCUUUAUCAACUCCUGUUUAGUAGAGUUCUCUCUUCUGCAUUGAGGGUUUUCUUCGGGUACUCAGGUUUUGCUCUCUCAUUAAAAACUAACUUAGACAUUAAUAUAAGCACCAGGAACCUUUGUAAUUAGGUUGUAACUGAAACCAAUAAUUACAGAGCGGUAAAAAAAUAAAACUACACUGGCCAACCAUUUCGUAUCAAUACCAUCUUAUUCAAAAAUCAAAAUGGGAAGUGUACAUGCAUGUCUGUUUCAAUAUCUCCUUCAAAUUUUUCAAGCAAUCAGUUGUGACAUAUAUGAUAAUUUUCCUUUGUUUUUUAUCUGAAUUUUAGGAAGAAUUAUCCUUGUCUCCUCAGGAAUUUGGACCUUUGUCAUAUUUGACUGGUUAUGUGAUCAGAUCAUUAUAUCAAAAAAGCAAAAACUGCUCAAGAUGCGAUUCGCCACGUAACAAAGAAAUGCAAGCCUUGAUGUCAUCAAUGCGAGAGGAAACAGAGGCAAAUGAAUACAUUGCAUCCUUGUCAAGAGGUGGACUUUGGUCACCUCACUCAUGGAUUGUAAGCAUUGCAGAGGUGGCCGAGUUGCUAUUUAGGAAACACACAGAUAAAGACAAUGUGACUCGUCUACCAGUAGACACAAUAGUGAACGAAGUGAUAACUUCUCCCCUUGUUAAAAACUUGUGGGGCAACAUUAUUGAAAACUGUGAUGUAGAAACCUCAAAGGAAUGUCAGUCUUUAUGUCUAGAAAAUGUUGUCAAAUUAUAUGUUACUGUCAGGUGUUUUUCUUUUGCUAAGGAUAUUGUAAAUAAGUAUAAACUAAGUCAUGGAACCCAACGAAAGAAAGCAUUAAGAAAAGAACUGAAGAUAGCCAGUGAACUGAAGUAA